AUGAGGUAUUUUGUCUUGGUGGUUUUGGGAUUGCUGUUGUCUCCUCAGCAAGCACGUAGUGGGAGAGAUGACAGGCCAAAUUGCAAGCCGGUAACAACCAGCUUUUGUCAAGGGCUGGGAUACACCACUACCCUCCAUCCGAGUGGAGUUCAAGGCUUCAGCCUGCAGCAGAUUGGUCAGAUUGUGGAGACAGCCUGUUCACCAGAAGUCUCCACACUCAUGUGUCGUGUGGUCAUGCCUGAAUGCAGCUCAGAGGACGACAGCCGGAUGAAGCCAUGCCGAGCUCUCUGUGAGAAGGUCAAGACAGACUGCGCAUCUGCCCUCAAAGCGAAGCGGUUGUCCUGGCCGAUAAGGCUCCGAUGUGAAGCUUUACCAGAGUCUAACUGUAUACGGGGUCAGAACACCAAUGUUACUCCAACCUCCCCUGCAACAUGUCAGACAAUCACUGUCCCUCUCUGCUCAGACUUACCUUACACUGAGACUGUGCUGCCUAAUAUUCUCGGCCACAAAACUCAGGAGGAAGCAGGCCUGGAGAUACAUCAGUUUGAUCCACUUGUAAACGUGGAGUGUUCCCCUCAUCUGAAGCCUUUCUUGUGCUCCGUCUACACUCCUAAGUGUGUGUCAGGAAAAGCUCGGUCUCCCUGCAGAACGCUCUGCGAGCAGGCACGGUCCGGCUGUGAGUCACUGAUGAACAAGUUCGGCUUCCUGUGGCCCGAAGCCCUCAGGUGUGAAGCAUUUACCACCGAAUCAUGUGAACACUAUGGAGUGAGCAACAGUGGGGGGAUCUGUGAGCCGAUCAGCAUACCGAUGUGUCAGGGUCUCUCCUACAACCAGACCAUCACCCCGAAUCUUCUGGGACACACAAGUCAAAGGGAAGCCGCAAUGAAGAUGUCUUUUUUCAACUCGAUAGUGCAAGCCGUGUGCUCGGUGGACAUCCGCCUCUUCCUGUGCAGGGUGUACGCGCCCCAGUGUGUGGCUGGGGAAGUGCAGCGGCCCUGCAGGUCUUUCUGUGAGAAAGCCAAACAGGGCUGCGAUGGUCUGAUGACCAGUUUCGGUGUUUACUGGCCAGAUGAGCUGCAGUGCAACUCAUUCCCAGAGGAAAGGUGUAUAUCAGAAGACAGCAGGAGUGAGAUGCUGAAAGCUGAAGAUGUUCUUGCUAAACUGAAUGCUGGUGGCUACUCUGUUCGUGGGAAAUCCCUGAGUCUCAGGACUGCGCGCCUCCUGUUGACCCUCAUGGAUGCAGACAAGACUAGGGACCUGGAUGUGGUGGAGUUCUUCAAACUGGAGCAUUAUGUGGCUGUAAUCAGGAGAGAGUACGUGGAGAGCUACGAGAGGACGAAUCCGCCCUCCGUCACUCAAGCCCAAAUGGAAAAGGCUCUGUCUGCCCGUGACUUCAGGUUAGACGAUGACACCUUCAGAAUUCUGUGGCACGAAUACCAAUCCCAAGGGGGGAUCAACUACGAUGAGUACGUGGCGGUCCUGACCAAACUCCAGAUCCUCAAAGAUCGUUUCAGAACCCAUCUGCUGAGCUUGCCAUGUGACUGCCAAGUCGCCAGCUUCUCUUUCAAGCAGUUCAUGAAUUCAGCCAUAAUCUGAGCGUCAAGCAGGAGCCGAGCUGAACGAACCGGUGGAGGAAUGUUUUUGGAAAGUGGCAGCGUAGCUUUGGUAGCACCGAGAGCUGCAGGGCCGAAUAUAUGGUUGUGAAUCCUUUCAUUAUCAUCUCCAUUAACAAACCUUCAUUGUUUAAGUGUAGAAUUAUUAAAGGGACAUUGAGCUAUUUCUUAUUAAUUCCUGAAUUUUGAAGUUUCAGCAAUGUAAAAUGCUUCUUUUGUGUUUGUUUAUAUUUUCGGAUCAAAUACAUGAAAUAAUGCCCAUCU